UCUCCGGCAGCUCGUUGCUAUAGAAACAGUAAACGGACGGACAGCGGAGGGACACAAAGCUACACGGUUUCAGGUAAAACACAAAGCUUUGAUGAUACACCUGGCGGCAGGUGGGUCUACCUUUGAUGUAUAAUAAAUGUAUAAAUAAAGUCUCAGCAACUUCUGAACGAGUUUGAAGAAACUCAAAGUUUUUAUGGUUGUUUAGCUACAGCUGAUUCAAGAUGGCCGCCAACGCUAGUUUCAGAAACGUAAAGUUUAAUAAAUAAUCUUAUUUUCUACAUCUUAUAAAACUAAAACUUUAAAUGAUUUUAUAAUUGUUCUGAGCAGCAGCUGAUCAUUAACCUGCAGUACUUCCUGUUUAUCAGACAGACACUUCCUGUUGACGGUGCACACCUGAGACAGACACCUGCAACACCUGUUGAACCAGGAGGAAACAUGUCCAGGAAGCUGCGAGGAGGAGGAGAAAGGAGCGAGGAGCAGCAACUCCUGCAGGCUGAGGAGGAAGAGACCAGGAGGAAGGAGGAGACCGUCCCACAGUUCAUGCAGGGGUUAGUGUGUGACCUGCAGAAGGCGGAGCUUCAGGAUGCCCAGGUGCAGCAGAGUCACCUGCAGCACCUGGAGUCUCAGACGACUCAGCUGGACAAACAUAUUACGAUGGUCCAGAAGCAGUGGGACAGAACCCAUCAGGACCUCAACUCCACCUUCAGCUCAGUGAUGGACAAGGUGCUGUGUGGUAUCCAGCAGCAGAGGGCAUGGCUGCAGGAGAAGCAGCUGUGUGCAAAGCGAGACGCUGAGGAGAGGACAGCUGAGGACCAGAAGUACAACAGGACCCUGGACCAACUGCAGAGCCAGCAGGAGGACCAGACCCUCAACAAGGACAUGUCCCAAAACAAGAGGAUUAGCAAAAACCUGAGAAGGGUCUCAGGUCUGAAGGACAGGCUAGUCCAGCCGAAGCGGGACGUGGACUCCGAACAGGUAGACGAUGUCCAGGUUCUCCGUGCAGCUGAUGUGAGCCACAAGCUGCAGAGCAAACAGGAAGUCCCCACCAUGGAGCACGGACAGACGUUCUGUGGGUCUGAGGAGCUGCAGCGUCGACAGCUUCUAAGGAACCAGAACCAGGAUCUGAUCCAACAGGACCACCAGCUGCAGCAGAACAAGGACGGUCCUCUGAUGGUGUCCCCAGUCCCGUCCCCAGUCCUGUCCCCAGUCCCUCCAGACACCACAUCAGCUGCUGGUACGGCUCUGUGUGGAGGCUCCACAGAGCCCCCUGCUGGUCCUACUGGUUCUGAUCCAUAACUGAAGAAUUGUAGUGUUUCUGACACACACACACACACACACACACACACACACACACACACACACACAC